AUGGUACUUGAUGAUGCCAACCCAAAUCCUAGUCAGCCCGACAAAACCGACAUUCUAACCUCAAAGCUCCGAGACUCGGUUACUUUCCUUCCUUUGAAAGACCUCAGAUUUGCUGCAACUGCUAUGACAGGGAACACUUGGUGCAUGAGCUCCUUGAACGACACCCACGAGGAUAAAGAAGCAGAGUACCUCUACUUCCCUUCACAAGCAUCCAUGGGAAGGCUUCUGUGCAUCAAGGGUCGCAACACAGGAGACGGCACCAAAAAUUCAAAUGCCUUGGCAUGGCCAGAGAGUCUUCCAGAAUCAGCAGUGUACAUGAAGGGCUUGGCCUUCGUGUCGGACACUUACUAUGAUUAUGUAAAUUUAUGGCAUGGGGUGACUGCUAUGGCUCCAUUCGUUGGUUGGUCCAUGAAGAAUGGGUGCAUAGGGCCAACAAAAUGGGUGCUGUACCAUUGGGGAGAGCUCAGGGGUAGAAUAGGAUCAUGGCUUCAGAACCUAAUGCAAGCAAACUUUGGGGAAGUUGCAGUGGAAGAAUUCAAGAAAGGAGAUGGGGCAUACUGUUUUUUGAGAAGGCGGUAG